UCGUCUGGCAAAAAACAGGACCUUUAAAGAAGCAAGCUAUCGACACACGCGACCCUCUCUCGCCUAACUUAAUACUGACAAAAUGAAAGCAAUAAGCCCCGUGCGGUCCUUCCGGAAAAACAACGCGAAUAUAUCAGAGCACUCCUUGGGAAUCUCUCGGAGCAAGACCCCGGUGGAUGACCCGCUCAGCCUGCUGUACAACAUGAACGACUGCUACUCCAAGCUGAAGGAGCUGGUGCCCAGCAUCCCCCAGAACAAGAACGUCAGCAAGAUGGAAAUCCUGCAGCAUGUCAUCGACUACAUCCUGGACCUGCAGAUUGCGCUGGACUCCAGUGUCGCACUAACCAGCCUGCAUCACCCUGCGCGGCCGGGGCAGGCUCCAUCCAGGACCCCUCUGACCACCCUCAACACAGAUAUCAGCAUCCUGUCAUUACAGUCCCCGGAGUUGCCAUCAGAGCUGAUGACAGAUGACAGCCGGACUCUGCAUCGUUAAAGCGGUGUUUGGUCAAGACACAAAAACACACAGGACCUGGGGAGCAGGACUUUCCGCCGCCCCCCACCACACCCCCCUCCAACCUCUGUCCUCCAGGCCUGGACUUUUUUUCUUUUUCUGCUGACGCUGAAAUCAAGAGACUUUUGCUUAUUAUGGGACAAUCUAAUGUGAUGUGUUUUCUGUAUGGACACUUCAUUAUUAUUUAACUUAAGACUUUUUUUUUUUUUUUUUUUUUUUUUUUUAAAAUUUGUGGUUCCUUUCUGGAAAUGGAAGGCGCGCUAUGUUCCCGAGAGUGGGAGGAAAAACGAGAUUAUUGUCACAAGGAUUAUUCCCCUGCUCAGCCCUGUCCUCCUUGUUGAAGUCUUCGCUUUUUUUGCGGAGGUGCGAACUUGAAUAGAAAAGACAACUUGGUUAGUUACUGUAAAAAGUUUUGUCUUGUCUUGUCAGAAUUGUUGGCACAUGAAGGACUGGACGUUGUUCAAAAAAGUAAAAAUGAAAGAAUGAAACCUUGUGGACUCCUCUCCGGAGUUUAUCUUGUAUAGUUGCAGGAAUUUGAAACUUCUGCAAAAGUGUAAUGUUGUACUUAAUUAUGCUGAAACUUUUUAUAAAAGUAAUGUAAAUUGUACCUUUUUUAUACAAAAUAAAUCAAAAACGCAA